AUGCGUCUUACUCAGCUCCUCGCCGCUUCACACAAGAUGACCCUUCCCCGUGAUUAUCGGUUUGGGAUGAGUCGACCAUCAACAGUGGCAGCUAAAAAAAAAAACCCUCCUGCAAAAAGACGAAGCAAAAUAUUUGUAGAUACCGUCAGCGACAGGGAGUGGAAGUAUUUCCGUGGAGACACGGUAAGUCGAGGUGUUAUUGGUAGGUUCAUAUGCAUACAGUCGUGGUAUCAUCUAAAUAAAUUUUUGUAAGUUGCGGAGUUGUAUCUUUUCGUUAUAAAGUAUUGAUUUAAUUCGCUACUUACUAAGAUUUUCAAUCUUAGUUUUCACCUUUUUUUUUUCCAAUAUAUACCAUCUUCCAAAUAUUAAAUAUGCGCAGCAAUAACUUACAUUCCUUCCCUAAGAAGACAAAUAAGGAAUGAGGAUUCUCCUCAAAAAGAGUUUGCAAUGUACAGGCAAUAGAGAGAGGCAAGAUUGCAUAAUAUAAGUUAAUUGGGAGACAGCCUGAUAGCUGGUCAGGUAUUUUGAUCCUUUGUUUCCAUACUCAAAGUUUUUACAGCUUAUUUGUGAAGCAUUCUUUUCUUGAAAAAAAAAUAUAAAAGGCUUCAUCCUUAAAGAUCUUGUUACGUGCCUGCAAUCAGUUAAACUCUUGUGAUUGCAAUAUAUUCUCCAAUGCUGCUUGGAGUCAUACAAUAUUACACUAUUGCGUUCUUCUUUCUAUUUUAGAUUGUAUUUUUUUCUAUGUGUUUAUUCAGAAGGUAAGAGUCUUCUUACAAGCUAAAGUUUUAUUUAAAGGGUAAAAUUAUGUUUACCAUUUUAUUACUACAUAUAUCCACUGUUUGUGUGCACUUUGUUAUAGAGAGUGUUUUUGAAUUUGAAUUAUCUGGACAUGUUGCAAAUCUCUUUGGUCUGUUCUAUACAAGCAAGAGACCUGUUUAUUAUUAUUAUUAUAUUAUGUGAUUCAAUUCAAAUCUAUCACUUACAUUUCAAGGUCGAAGUACUUUUUGGAAAAGAUACCGGGAAGCAAGGAAAGGUCACACAAGUGGUGCGAGCACGCAACUGGGUGGUAGUAGACAGUCUAAACACGGUAAGAUUGUUAUUUUAAUCUAUGAAUUCUUUAAACUGAAUAAGUCAUUUUACUUGUUUUUUUUUAUUUAUUUUUUUUAUUUAUCAUGUUUCUGCUCAUAAAACCUGUUAGAACACAGAGAGAAUAUAUAUUUUUAAUGAAUUAGUUUGAGAAAUCUGCCACUAUUAAGUCUUUAUAUUUUAACAUUUUCUCGAAUAAAAUUGUUUCCUUAAUAUAAAAAUGGACAUCUGAUAGCACGCUUGAUAUGAGCUGGUAUUAUGAAAUUUCACAAAUCCUCUUAGAGCAGAAGCGGCACAGAAUUCAGACAAAACCGGGUAAAUGUCAAGCUGUUCAUGAAUGGUUUAACAGUUUACUGUCUGAUUACACCAGUGAACUCUUGGCACCUUAACUACUAGAGCAUGCUGUUGCACAUUUAGCGGAAAACUCCCCACCCCAUAACAUCAUUAGCAGAUUGGAGUUGUUAUGGAGACAGGGGUGUCUGGGUGAUAAGCUGAGAACUUUACCUGAUUUACAGCCUCUAACUGGCCACCCAUUUAUAUAACUAUUCCUUAGGGUGGGGGGGGGGAGAAGAAUGGAAAUAUGUUAUGUACAAUACACUGUGUACUUUAUUUUUCUCCCUCAUACAGCAUUACCGCUACAUUGGUCGUACUGAUGACUAUAGGGGAACCUAUGUAGCGAGUGAAGCCCCUCUUCUGCUAAGCCAAGUCUCUCUCGUUGACCCCACAGACAAGUAAGACAAGACACAAUCGUUAUUAAAAUCUGGUCCUAAUCUGUAACUAGAACACUAUAGCAUUAGAAAUACAGGUUUCGAUUUCUAAUGCUCUAGUGUUUCUUUAACCCCUUAAGGACCAAACUUGUGGAAUAAAAGGGAAUCAUGACAUGUCACAUUAAGGGGUUAAGUGCAUAUUAACAAGGAAGGCUACUAGUGGUGGCAACUGAACGUGAGAAGUACAAAAUGCAGAUCAAUAGAGGAGCAUUUAAAUGUUAUGCGGUUUAGAUGUGUAUCCCACGAUACAAGAAGAGAGGAAAAUCAUGAGCCCGUAGGGUACCCUGUGCUCGAAUGGUCUCAUGGAAGUAUGGACAGCUGGUAAUGUAGUCAGCUACAUGGUAGUUAGAGUAUGAGGAGGGAAAUGAUUCAAUGCCAGAACUACAGACAUAGUGCAUUAAAUCUGAAGUUAAAAAAAAAAAAAAAAAAAAAAUGUCCGGCCAUCUUGGGAGUCAGGUGUUUAGUGAUUUUUAUUUUUGUAUGAUUUGGGUUCCUGGAGUGUCCCUUUAACCCCUUAAGGGCCAAACUUCUGGAAUAAAAGGGAAUCAUGACAUGUCACACAUGUCAUGUGUCCUUAAGGGGUUAAGACUGACUUAUAUCAAUACGUAUAAAAUAUAUGGGCAAAACUAAUAUAUUAGUACCAGGAAAAAGGCAAAUACAUUAAAAAUAUGGAUUUGCCUUUUUUCCUGGUCAAAGGCCCCAAAAAUAUUUACAUUUUUAAGGAACAAUUUUGCCUUUGAUACAUAUAAUGUAGUUGCUGAAACGUAGAACGUAGAAAAACAAGUACUGUUACUAAACGAUUGUUGGUAAACGAUUGUUGCCGCUGGGGGAGGUACAGUCCUAUUGCAUUUGCUUCUUGGUCAGCCAAAUAGCUGAAUGUGCUUGUACUAUUGUACAUGAAGUUACCAUCAAAGAAAAAAAGCAGCUUACAUAAAAUUGAUAAAGAAAUGAACUAAAAAAAAAAAAUCUUAAUUGUAGAUUGAUCAACAAUAUUCACCACGGAACAUCUGUUUUUAAAUUGUCAUCUAGACAUUGUUUGGUUAUUUAGACUUUUUCCAUGUAGUAUGUCAUUGGGUCUGUCUUUGUUUGACAAAUAAAACGGCAGCUAAAUAUUAUUGAAUAUUUAUUUACUCAAGGAAACCUACAGAUGUGGAAUGGCGGUAUACAGAGGAAGGCGAAAGGGUGAGAGUGUCCUUGAGAACUGGACGCAUUAUUCCUAAGCCUGUUUUGCAACGACGAGAUGGGAUCAUACCCGAGCAGUGGAAAGGUAAAUCUAUAAUCAGCUUAACAAAGGAGCUGUGAUAGUCCCUUUGGGACAGCCUGUAGAUCGAGCAAUUAGAUUUGUAAGAAAAUGUACUUAAACAGUUCAUUCCACCAAACGUCUAUUAAUUCAAAUGGUGUUUCGCUAAGAUUAUUUGCUUAUUGGGCAGAAUGGUGAUGGCCUUGAAGGGACAGAACCUAUUUUAUUAAUUUCUUGAUCUUCAUCCUUAGAAAGAUUUCUACCGAAUCCAUUUUGUAGAUAUUUUGUAGCUUGGAAAAAAAAUAAUUGAGGUUUAAAUUCAUGUAUGACUUUUGCUUUCAUUUAAUUAUUGAGCUUGGGAGAUUUUCAUUUUUUUUUUUUUUUUUCAUACAUUACAGAGAUAUUAGGUUUGUUUGUGGAUAUGAAAUUGUGUUUUGAUGUACUUUACCAAUACAUACAUACAGGCUGUACUCUAUCUGAAUAUGCAUGUAAUAAAACUUUACGGACUGUUGAGGGCAAUUCAUUAUUUUUUAUUUAUUUAUUUUUUUUUUAUUGUGCCCAGCACCCUUAGCCAGUUAAUGCUCUCAAAUCGAUGUUGGAUAGAAUUGAUAUUAAUUUAGAAAUGUAAAUACCACUGGAGCAGGCAGGUUUCUCUUGAAUGUUUAAUCCAUAUAGGAAUGUAUAGUCUUCUAAUCAUUAUUAUUAUUUUUAUUCAUUUAAGAUGGCCCCAAGGACACAUCUGUAGAAGAUGCCCUAGAAAAGACCUACAUUCCCUCCCUGAAGACCUUUCAAGAAGAAAUCAUGGAGAAACUUGGCAUUGUAGAUAACCGCCGUUUCAGAAAGUCCUUCUGGUAUUAA